CACCCAUUUAAUCAAUGCGCUGGGUGCCCAAUCCUUGCAGAAACAUGGCGCAGGGCUCAACGGCUAUUUCGUCUCGAUCGCCUCUUUAUUUCCGGUUCCCCCAUCGAACCUCCCAAUGCCGCCCUACUCUCCCGUCGCCUGCGCUCCUCUGCCUUCGCCCCGGCCAUGCCCAUUCCAUCGCCGUAUCUCUUAUCGCCCUCCGCCGGCUCAGCGGCGCCACUACUAGCGCUACACCGCCGGAGCAACAGCAGGUGGAAGCAGAGGAGGUUAGGGGAGGAGAGGAGAGCGCGCCAUGGGAUAAGGUCUCGGCCGUCCUCUUCGAUAUGGACGGAGUUCUGUGUAACAGCGUAGAGCUUUCGAGGAUGGCGGCCGUCGACCUCUUCGCCGAUAUGGGUGUUUCUGUCACAGCUGACGAUUUCAUCCCAUUCACAGGGACUGGCGAGGCUAAUUUUCUUGGAGGUGUUGCCUCAAUGAAGGGAGUGAAAGAUUUUGAUCCACAAGAAGCAAAGAAGCAGUUUCUUGAAAUUUAUGUUAAUAAGUAUGCAAAGCCAAACUUGGGAAUUGGAUAUCCUGGAGCCCUUGAGUUUAUCAUUGAGUGUAAAAGAAGGGGGCUAAAGGUUGCCAUCACAUCUAGUGCCGAUAGGACCAAGGUGGAUGCUAAUCUUGCUGCUGCCAAUUUGCCUGUUUCUCUGUUUGAUGUGAUUAUAUCUGCUGAUGCAUUUAAAAAACCAAAACCAGCCCCAGAUAUAUUUUUAGCAGCUUCUAAAAGCUUAGACAUACCUCAGUCCCAGUGUAUAGCAAUUGAAAGUGCUCUAGCUGGAGUUGAAGCUGCAAAAGCUGCAAAAAUGAGAUGCAUUGCUGUAACCACUACCAUAUCUGAGGUGAUGCUGCAAAAAGCCAGUCCAUCACUCGUGAGAAAAGAUAUAGGAAGUAUUUCAAUUGAUGACAUUCUACAUGGUUGUCAUUCCGUUGAUCAAAUUGCAGAUAAGAAGGUUGAAGAAACACGUGAGAUUGGCUCUCCAAAUGGUACCUCAAGUGGCAUAGCUGAAGAGGUCAUAAGUGGUAUUGUUCAGGAUGUGAACUCUGCAAGUGAGAAAAACCAUUAUCAUGGAGGGUAAGGUCAGUCUUAUCUUUGAUGU